AAAAUGAAUAUCCAAUAUGGCCGACCUAAAUAAUGUAGAAUUUAUUAUCAUUUAUCUGGCAUAGUAGUGUCAAAAUAUGAUAUCAAUAAAAGAUUGCUUUGUUAAACUUGAGAAAAUUGAUUCAUAUUAUCAAAUACAUGGUGUUCAAGAAGAUUUGCAAUAUGAUAUUAAUGAUUCAAUCAAAGAUAUAAAUAAUUUACAUAAUGAAAAUUUCUCAGUACAAAAUGCAUAUUCACAUUCUAAAUCAAACAUUUCUAAUGACAAAGAUCACACAAUAAGACAGGAUAGGGCUAGAUUUAAAAAUGAUAUUAUAUCUGAUGAUUAUCUAUAUAAUUAUUCCAAAAAAAAUAAUCCACACGAACAAUCAGAUGAUGAUAAUAUAGAUAAUUACGAUGAAAUUAUUGAUUCUAAUGAAUUUAUAGAAUCAACAGAUGAAGAUGAUAGUAUUGAUUUGCCAAAAAAUGAAUCCAACAUUAUACCCAACAAAAUAAAUCCCAUAAAAAUAUAUUUCUCAUGUUCCAGUUGUGGAACUUCUUUUACUUCUAAGAGCUUGCUAAAAAAUCAUAUAUUAUCAUGUCAAAAUACCUGCACUCCCCUCUCAAAUACACCUGAUGAUAAUGCCUUAAAUAAGUCAGGGAGUGACACAUUUGUUUGUCCAUUAUGCCCAGAUGAAAUAUUAAAUGAUAAUUUACCAAAUCUCAAGGCACCAAAUUUUGAGGAUAAAGAAAGUCUUGCUAAUCACAUAUGUGUUGUGCACAGAGAGUAUAUUCAAGGGCUAACAAAUGAAACAAGUUGCGUAACCAUUGAGGAUAAAUCUAUAAUUGACACAACUGCUAAUUUAGAUAACCUAGUCAAUGAUGAUAAUUACAUCACUUUAAAGGGAAAGCUAGUUUAUUUACCACUUUCUCUCAGGCCCAAAAUAGACACUAUCAACAAUCCCUCCUCGUUAACAGUUGUGGGCAAUAAUAAAUCACCCCCAAAUCCAAACACCAAAAUUUGUUACUACUUAAACUGUGGGCAAUCUUUUAGUAGCCGUAUGAAAUUGACCAAGCAUAUAAGAAUGCAUCACUAUGCCACCUCUACAAAUACAGAUGAUGCUGAACGAGCUGCCAAACACAAGCAGACCCCAAGUCUUAAAAAACGCCUUAACCAGGAAGCUUCCUUUAUAACCAUAUCAACCACUCCCAAUAAUAAUUUUAACACUGUUAACCAGGAUGGGAAUAUUAUAGGACCGGAACACUAUUUUGCCUCCAUGCUGGGUCAAGAAGCCAUCUAUAAACUAGCCACUCAAACCUCUCCCACCUCCCAGCAACUUAACUCAACGUCUGAUUUAAAAAUGGACACUGGCUUUGAAUCAAGUAAUGAUAAAAUGUUUUUCUGUCCCACUUGCCAACGAUCCUUCACCUGCAAAUCUUCCCUUAGAAGCCAUGUACUAAAUGUUCAUGACAAACAAAGGUCCCAUCCUUGCGAGAUAUGCAACAGAACCUUCCACAAAAAGUCCCACCUCAACCGCCACCUCACAUCCGCCGUCCAUUCCGAUGUGCUACUCCACAGAUGCGAAUACUGUGGGCUGCGUUUCGAUUCUCCCGCUCGCCUCCACGAACACCUUAUCGAUUUUUUUUAUCAUAAAGAUCCCGACAUAUCUCGGAUACCCAAGUAUGUCUGCUACCUGUGCACAUUUCCUCAGGUUUUGGGCGGGGCUUCUUGCAUGAACUCCCAUCUUUUCCACUCUAACCUCUCUUCCAACAACAUUGUCAAUGGUGAUGGUCUAACCGAAACAUAUCUGAUAGAUAGCCAAGGAAAUACUAUCACAGUAUAUAAAGAAGAAUCAUUCCAAUCCACAAACGCCCACUCAAUCUUGGAAUUUCAAAAUCAACCUGUAGGCGAUUUGAUGGGUAACACUGAUCAAAGUGCCCAUUACAAUAAUAUCGGAGAUAUAAAUAUGGUAAAUGGAUACGAAAAACAUAUCACACUACACCAAAAUAUUCAAUCAAUCAACCAAGUUAAUAAUCGCGGGAUCUUGUCACAAAACGAAGAUCUUAGUAUCGUAAAUAUUAAUAAUAAUGGUGAUCACCACUUUGUGGGACAAGAGGAACAAGUUGCGUUAGAUAAGAAUGACGACAAAAAGGAUGCUUAUAAAAGUACCGAAGCUGAAAAAACUAACAAUAUCAUCAGCGCUGUCUUCAAAAGUAGUACACCCGGCAAAGUGGAAGAGCAGGAAGACCUUAUGUGGAAACUGAUAGCAUCUACAAUGGCUUCGGCCACCCAGACCAAUGACGAUCCAUCUGUCAAAGUUUUCAAGGUCACGCGUUUCAGAAGUAAGGAGGAACUCUUGCGGCAUAUGUACUAUAGCCACCCCAGGGAAUACCUUCUAAGUAAAGUGGUUCUGAAAGACCACGAACCCCCUCCUAUUCUAUCCCACUCGCUUCAACUCACCGUGGAGGGCAGACACUCUGAGCUGUUUGGCCCCCUUCAUGCCCACCGAUUCGACCAGUUCUUAUCGGGACUCGAGGAUGGCGAAGAAGGUUUGGACGGAAAACGAUUAGUUGCGGGUUCGGUUCUGCUAGGGCUGGCCCAGCCCAGGGAGGACACAGAGACUGAGCUGGCUACGGCUUAUAACCUUGUGACUAGCCACGAUAACUCCCAUAACUUGACCAUAAUCGACCAUCAAGGCAAUGAUGGCGAACAACUCCUAACUGAAACUGAAUUGGUGCGAGAAGAUCAAGGGGACGGAGACUUGGACGACUCCCAAAUGCCGGAAUUGAACAAGGUUUAUGGAGAAAGGUCGAUCGGAUCCGCAAGGGUGAGACGCCGGACCCGCCAUGACUUGGGCGACGUCCCCGGGCACAGAUGCCGCUUUUGCGGAAAAUCGCUAGCCUACGACCGUUCGCUCAAACAACAUGUGCGUGCCAUGCACCCACGAGAAUGGUCCAUUAUAGAACGUGAACGAUUACGACGGUUUUCGAAUGGAAUGGCUGACCGAAGAACUCGCUUCGAUCUUAGGACAGAGCCAGGCCAUCUGUGCGAGUUCUGCGGUAAAACCUUAGCCUAUGAUCGAUCAUUGAAACAACACAUCAAAAACGUUCACAGGGCUUUGAUCGGGAAUACCGGUUCUGGCACCGAUAAUACAUUGGACCAGCAUGACCCUAACAAGGAUUACUACCAGGAAUUGAUUGUCAAAAGAGAGCAAGACGGAGUUGUGGGAGAGGAAGAAUUGGACGAAAAUCAAUUGGUCAUCAAUAACAGCAUUGCUGGCAACUACGAUUACAUGAAACAUGAGUCGGGCUGUGGGGGUAGUGGAGAGUGGAUUAACCCGGCUAACGGAGUCAAGCGAAGGACCAGAUUCGAUCUAGCAGGUCCCGGAUUUUUGUGCGACUUUUGCGGUAAGACUUUGGCUUAUGAUAGAUCGCUCAAGCAACAUGUCAAAACCAUGCAUAGAGAGGAGUGGGACAAGAUGAAGCCCCAGUCCACUGAUGGAAGAACGUCCAAGCGAGGCGCGGCUAAUUUGCCUCCCCCCUUGCUUCAAUCCCUCAUCUGGGGUGGUGCAGCGAUAGGCCUCGAAGGAACUGGCUUAGAAGAACUCGGUCAGGGUUACAGUUAUAGCUUAUGAUUUAUUUUAAACAACUUUUUUAAAAGGAGUUCGAUAUUCAAAUGAGUUUUUUUACGAGAUUUAGCUUGCUCAUCAUCAAAAUAUGUUGUCUAUCAAUCAUUAGAUUGCCAUUUCUAAAUUAUAUCUUUAUUAUUUUAUCGUUUAUGGAUCAUUUUUGAUGAUUAAUAUUUAUUUUUUAAAAAUUGCAUUGUCUUUAAUUA